ACACAUUAUGGUAAGUGUUAGUCAAUAUGCUGCGUUUCAUUCAUAUUUCACAUAAGCUAACAUCUCAUCUUAUUUGUUCGGUGUUGCAGAUUUAAUAUUGAUCUCCAACGGCCUUCUUUUGAUCGCUAAGAAUUGCUUAAUUUCAUUAUCACAAUUGUGAAGAGAUUGCUAUUGUGCCAAAAUAUUAGCUGGCUACUUUUUUGAAUGUAGGAUUAGUUGGUAAUUGUUCUCACGAAUGCCAGCAAUUAUAAAUAACAUUCUGAAACGGAUUUAUUACUGUUCAUCCUUGAAUUCGUUCAAGAAAAUCCAUGCUCAUAUCAUCAUUCAUGGCCUUCGCUUAAACAAUCUUGUAGCCGUAAAACUCGUUAUCUUUUGUAGCCAGGCUUUGGGUCAUAUUGGUUAUGCCCGCUUGAUAUUCAAUGGUCUUUUGAGUUCUGCAAAUGUUUACCUCUGGACUGCCAUGAUUACGUCUUACACUCAUCAACAUUCGGAGCUUGCAAGAGAGGCCAUUGUUAUAUACCAUAUGAUGCUUAACCAUGGAACUUAUCCAAACAACUUCACUUUAUCAACUGCCCUUAAAGCAUGUUCAACUUUGAAAGCCACAAAUGAAGGCAAGCAGAUUCACGUUCAUUCUACUAAACUUGGAUUCAAUUCCUCCAUUUAUGUGCAAACCACAUUGGUAGACAUGUAUGCUAAAUUUGGUUUGGUAGAAGAAGCAAGGUAUGUAUUUGAUAACAUGGCAGUUAAAAAUGUCGUCACUUGUAAUGUUAUGAUGGCAUGUAAUGUGAAGGAUGGUGAUAUUGAAUCUGCUAGAGGAAUGUUUGAUCAAAUGUCUCAAAGAGAUCCAAUUUCAUUGGCAACCAUGAUAUCUGGUUAUGCCAUGAAUGGAUCUAUCCUGACUGCCAGAGAGCUUUUUGAUCAAAUGCCUGUGAAGGAAGUUAGUUCUUGGAAUGCUUUGAUUGUUGGGUACUGUCAUGGAGGAGAAUGGGAUCAAUCAAUAAAACUCUUCAAUGAGAUGCAACUGAAUCGUAUUAAACCAAAUCAUGUCACCAUGGCUAUACUGCUCUCUUCCUGCGGCCAAUUAGGAGCUCUGAGAUUUGGUAGGCAAUUACAUGGCUUCCUGCAUAAAAUUUGCUUUUUAAAGAAUGUUUAUGUCAGCAAUUCUCUUCUUAACAUGUAUGCCAAAUGUGGCAGCUUACAGGAUGCUCAUGAUGCGUUUGUAGAUAUGCCAGAAAAGGAUAUAGUAUCAUAUAAUGCAAUGAUUACUGGGCUGGCUAACCAUGGACAUGGUGAAGAGGCCUUAGAACUAUUUCAAGAGGUGCUGGAAAGAGAGUUAUGCAAUUGAGCCCUCUGCUGAUCACUAUGCGAGCAUCGUCGAUCUGUUUGGUCGAAAGGGUCUUAUUGAGAAAGCUUAUAACUUUAUAAAGAGAAUGCCAGUUGAGACACACGCAGGAGUUUGGGGAGCUCUUCUUAAUGCUUGUAGUAGUCAGAAUAACGUUGAGAUUGGUAGAGUUGCAGCAGAAGAACUCUUCAAAAUUGAACCAGAAAAUCCAGGUAAUUAUGUGAUUCUUUCAAAUAUAUAUGCUAGAGCUCAAUAUUGGGAUGGUGUUAGAGAGAUAAGGUGCUUCAUGAGAGGAAAAGGAGUGGCUAAAAGAGCAGGAUGUAGUUGGAUUGAGUUGAAUAAUGAGGUUUUUGAAUUUGUUAUGGGAGAGAUGGGCCACUGUCUGUCUGAAGAAAUUUAUGCAUUUUUGAGACAACUUUCUUUGCAAAUGAAGUAAUACAAACAUAGACACUUUGAUUGAGGUUCUAUGUUUCAUAAUUAUAUUAA